CUUCACUUUUCACCAGUGGAAGUGAGCGAACGAGCAUCGUCCAUCUUUUUUUACAGUCUAUGGAAAAUACCUGAAACAAUUUGAAGAACAGUGAUAUAAAUAUUUUUAUAGACAUUUCCUGGAAUAACGUUAGUAAUGCUACAUUCUUCUGUGGCACAAAGGGUGUUUCUGCACAAGAGCGCCCCCUGGCUUUUGUAUGUGCCGGGAUUUCACCGUAAUUCAUUAAAAUUCAUUCAUUGAGAAAACGCACAUUUGCACGGUUAAUCGUUACACCCCUACUGGAAACCGUAGCAAAACGUUACACGCACCGGUUUGAAAUUAAACGUGCCCCAGGUGUAUUCAAUUAACUCAUUUGUGGGCUAAGAUUCACACUGCCGAUGAUUUUCCUGAAUCUGUGCAUGAAUUCACACACAUCUUUACAGGACCGUAAAGAUCCCGUAAAGACGUGAUGUAAGUCCUGCACUUCGUAGUUUUUUUACACAGCAUCUGAAGUUUGCUAAUUAUCCGUGAUUUCUCUCAUGCAAGUGCAAGUUUAUUUUAUGACAACAUCAUAAGAAGCGUGUGAUGCGCUAUUCUGUCAUGCUGGUGAAUGAUCUCAGCUUCAGUGUUGAGCUACCUGAUCUCUGCUUUAGUCCAGUUUGCAGACAUUUCUCAUUGUGAAUGUUGAUCUUCAUUUAAAUCUUCCUGUGAUUUUAAGCUCGCUGAAUAUUUUAUUACAUUGCUUUUGUGUUGUUAUUUUGUAGGUUGAAAAAAAGUCGUCAUGGUGUCAAUGGUACUAUUCUAUAUAUGUAAUAACUCAUCUCUAUUGUAUGACAUCAUGUCACUAACAACACAGUCCAGCCAAAAACAAAACCUUAUCAUACGAAACAGUAAAGAGAGCAACACUCUGUACCUUUUUUAUUGCGUGUCAUGGUGUUGCAUGUAUAGGACACAGUGUUACGCAAACCUAAACAUCAUAUCCCCCCAUAUGUCACUGCCUCACUUUAUAAUGUGCUGCUGAUUCUGUAUAUCAAAUUCAUUUUCUCAGAAUUAGGGUACAUUUUUUCUUCAAGGGUUGACAGGAAGAGAAGAGUGUGUGUGUGUGUGUGUGUGUGUGUGUGUGUGUGUGUGUGUGUGUGUGUGUGUGUGUGUGUGUGUGUGUGUGUGUGUGUGUGCGUGCGUGCGUGCGUGCGUGUGUGUGUGUAGAAAAAAAUUGACUUAGGAUAAAGCUGCAGGAAGGAGUUAAGACAUUUCUCCACUCGUGUUUGAGCAGUGGACAAGAGUCUCAGAGCCGUUUUGCAGAUGGUGUUCAGCAGUAUCAACGUUCUUUCAUCAGACAUGGAGAUGAACGGCAGUCAGGCGAACGCUUCUCUCAACUGCGAGCGCGACACGAGCAUCACCUCCGUCCUCUUCCCCUGUCUCUAUGCAGCUUUGUUUCUGUUUGCUAUCGUGCUGAACUCUCUGGCCGCCUGGAUCUUCUUCCAAAUUCGCAGCAGCUCAACAUUUGUCUUGUACCUGAAGAACGUGGUGGUUGCAGACCUAUUGAUGACCCUUACCUUGCCUGUAAAGGUUCUGACCGAUGCCGGGUUGGGCUCCUGGCAUCUCCGGGCCUUUUAUUGCCGUUACUCGGCGGUCCUCUUUUAUACCACCAUGUACAUAGGCAUCCUUCUGCUCGGCCUCAUCAGCUUGGAUCGCUACCAAAAGAUUGUGCAUCCAUUCGGGAAAAGCUGUCUGCAGAAAGUCAGGGUGGGUCGUGUCCUCUGUGCGGUUAUCUGGGUGGUUAUGUUGUUGUUGGCUCUACCCAAUGUUUUCCUGAGUAACCGCAUACCUCAGAUCCCGUCGGGCACUCUACUGCGGUGCACCAGAAUGAAGGGCGAGGUGGGACUCAUGUGGCAUGAAGGCUUUAACUACUUCUGCCAGGUGGUGUUUUGGGGCACGUUGUCACUCAUGGUCAUAUGCUACACAUUCAUCAGCAGAAAAGUGUUUGAGUCAUACCGGGUGUCACACAGCAACAGAGGAGCGGCUAGCAAUCAAACCACAUCCAAGGUGUUUGUCGUAGUGGGAGUUUUCUUCAUAAGCUUUGCUCCUUUCCACCUGGCCCGAAUCCCCUACACCCUCAGUCAAACCCGAAACACAUCUGCCAUGUGUUGGGCCAAAGACCAGCUGUAUUGGGCCAAAGAGAUCACACUCUGGGUGUCGUCCUCAAACGUGUGUCUGGAUCCUCUUAUUUAUGUUUUUCUGUGUCGGGUCUUCCGGAGAAAACUCACAGCCACACUGAGCCGUCGACCCGAGCGACAUGGACUGAGCUCUGUGAGCGAGUCCAGCACAAGGAGAGAGAGGCCCAACCUGUCUCCUCCUGAUGUCAGUAAGGAUGUGUGUUGUCCAUAACAUCCUUCUCUUGCUGUAUGUGCUUUCUGUACAUCAUGACUCAAAAUCAGUCAUUUAUUACCAAUAAAUGGCCUUCUGUACUCUACUUAAGAAA